AUGGUUAGUGCAAGGUUAGAAGCUCAAAAGCAAACAAUUCGACAUUACUGGCUUAAUGCCAUUAAGUUAGCAAAGGAAAUACAAAAAAAAACUAGUAUUCCCCUUUAUUCUAUUGAGCGUAAUCUUAAAAAGCUUAGAGAAACAGGUGAUGUUAAUCAUCAGUGUAAUAAUGAAGAUACCUAUGAUAUUUCUAUUUCACACAUGUCUAUUUGGAGAAAUAUGAAAAAAAAG